AUGGCGGACUCUAUUUUAUUCACCUUGUUCCUACUCACCCAUCCUCAAAUCACGUCUCCACUUCAUCAAAUUUUUGAGGAGGAGUCAGUUUCUGUUAUUCCCGUGGAUGAAUCUAAUAAUUCUUCCACUAUUCAUGCAAACCACCAUAACUCCACUCAUCUUGCCUCGCUGGGGCCGGUUUCUCUUCCUCCAACUCUUCCCAUCGCUUCCGCUCCUACAGAACCGGAUUCCUCGAUGACGGCUCACCCAUCUCCUCAUCUUGAACCAACUCGUCACUCCACUCGUCCUACACGACCUCGUAUUUGGCAUUGUGAUUAUAAAGUGUCUCAUGCUAUGUUGCAUACCAAGACAACACCAUUGAGUGUUAACAAAGCUCACUUAGUGGCUAAAGGCUACACCCAACAAGAAGGCCUUGACUAUCAUGAGACCUUCUCCCCCACUGCCAAACUUGUCACUAUGCUUGCUUGCUAUUGUUGCUGCUCGACAUUGGCCUCUCCACCAACUCAACGUCCAAAAUGCGUUCCUCCACGAACAUCUUGA